AUGGGACUGCUGAGCCCCCGGAAUGCUGGAGAAGAUGCUGAAGCAAAGAGGAAAGGCCUUCGGCCCAUGCUCAGGUGGGACGCUGUCACCGCAGUGUGGUAUGAACCAGAUCAUGUUAAAUAUGCAGUGUACACAAGCGACCAUAACCUGGAAAGGAAAAGCCCCCACAUCAUGGAUCAGAGGCUGCUGGUGGCUGACAUCAGCGCUCCUGGACCUCAGGCCUUAGGACUGAACGACCCGGCCUCCCGGGGCUCCAGCAGGUGGACGGUGGGCAGCCGGCAGCCAGGCUCGCCUAGAGUGGGCCAAAGGCCCCCCGAAUGUGGCCUCGCGUCCUCCUGCGCCGGCGGGGCAGCGCGGCCAGGCCAAGUCCACCCCAGGAAAGCCCGCCAGCCUCAGGGACUCGCGCUGCAGAGCACGCGCAGGCUGAGCCAUCUCUCGCCGUGCUGGGUGUCAGGGGAACCGCCGGAGCUGGCCGUGGAGCAGCUGAGGCCCACCUGA